GUUUCAAUAUGAAGGUGUGGACACAGAAUGGAUUUAUUCCUACCUGUGCAACAAAUCAGGAACACGUGAAAAAUUGUUGGAAGAUAUCGAAGACAUGUUGACAAUAUUCAUGAUCUGGGGCAAUAAUAUUUCAAAAAUGAGAAUGAGUAUGUCUAAAGAGAGUGUCGCCAUCCUAGACAAUCUUAUAAUGAAAUAUAAUUUGAAACCAAGUUUACGAGGAAUGGACAGGCGCAGAACAAUAACACUCUCAAGGGUUGCAAUGUGCUUCCCUAUCUGCCUCAUCUCAUGCACCAUUCAGCUCCACAAGACAAGGCGUCUUGCUAAUAGACCAUGCCUUGACAACAUACAUUGUUUGUUGAGAUGUUCACCAUUAAUGGGAUAUAUGGCCUAUUCAUUCAGCCAACAUGCUAACAUCCUAAGUUUAGCAAGUGCUGUUAUACGUGACAGUGUAAUUGGUGACAAGAAACGCACCUUGAGUAACUUGAAAUGUUACCAACAAGCAGCACUGCGGUCAUCCAAAAUUCUUGUCAAAGAGGUUGAGAACAAGCUUAAGGAAUAUGGGGUGCUGGAACCUCCAAUCAAUUGGGAUGUGAUUGGCAGGCCUUUAGAGGAUGCAUUAUCAUACAAGAAUGAUAAUAAAACAUUGAUUGAAGUUGCAUCAUUAAUUGAGACAUUCUUGUUCAUGGUGAAACCUCCUGAUGAAUGGUUGCCGUACAUCAGGGCUGACAUAUCCUCAACAGAAGUUGGGUAAAUGAUGACAUCAUCAUUCAUCUUAACUAACUAAGUUAUCUGUUAAAUAACCACACAAUAUAAUGUGGUUCAUGGUAAACAC